AGCCAGUCAUACCCCAACCUCACACUUCUCCCCAAAACACUCACAGCCCCCCAAACCCAACAUCGUCCCUAAACCCAAAGAACAAGAAAAGAAAAGAAAAAGAAAGAUGCCAGUCUACCACGUCGUCCUCUUCCGUCUCAAACAAGGCGUCACACCCGCCCAACUAGCAAACUGGACCAAAAUAUCCCAAGCAAUGGUCGGCCAGAUCCCCGGUCUCCGGUCCCUGAAGACUAACCCGCCGUUGCCGAUCUCUGUGCCCCGCGCCAAGGGCUUUGAUAUGGGGCUUGUGGCCAUUUUGGAUAAAAAGGAGGAUGUUGCUGUUUAUGCAGCGCAUCCGGCGCAUUUGGAGGUCCAUAAGUUGAGGGAGGAGUUGUGUGAGGAUACCUUGGCUUAUGAUCUGGAGUUUGAGGAGUAAAUCUCCCUUCCUAUCUUUCUUCCUAUCUUUUCUAGGACUGUUUAUGAAGAUGGAAGGAAUAUGAAACUUUUGUUUGUCUU